AUGGAGUCCCGUUGCCUGAUCAAUGAGCUGGAUGAGGGUUCUGAACUCGGAGUACUGUACAAUGGUACCAUAAUGGACACAUUCUCAACCAACUCCGGAGUUAGACAACGCUGUUCCCUCGCACCGCUCCUGUUCGCCAUCCUCCUAGAUUACGUCAUGUGCCAAUUCACAACGCGCCGCAGAGGCAUUACAUGGUUUCUCACCAGGCAACUGGAGUAUUUGGACUUUGUUGACGAUAUUUGUCUGCUGUCGCUUAAGUUGACCGAUAUGCAAGUGAAGGUGGAUGAAUUAGUAACGCUGGCACGCAAAGUCGGGGAAGUAAAAGUCGCUGAAAUCAAGGCAUUGGAAUCAACCACAGCAACAAUAACCUCGUAA